AUGGAAAUUAUUAUCCAGUUCAACAAGGAAGACAUGGAUGUUGUUGUACAACCCAGUAUUGGAUGGCAAGACCUAAACGAGCAGCUGGCGAAAAUGGGCAGUGGCCUUUUCUUUCCGGUCGACCCUGGUCCGAGUGCAAAGAUUGGGGGUAUGAUUGGUACGAACUGCUCCGGCACCAACGCCGUGAAGUAUGGAACAAUGAAGGACUGGGUUAUCAAUUUGACCGUGGUCCUUGCUGACGGGACCGUUAUAAAGACACGGCGCAGACCUCGCAAGUCCUCGGCCGGUUAUAAUCUCAAUGGUCUCUUUGUCGGGUCCGAAGGCACACUGGGGCUGGUCACAGAAGCUACUCUCAAGCUCACUGUGGUCCCGGAGGACUUCUCGGUAGCUGUUGUCACAUUUCCUUCUAUUCGCGAUGCUGCCUCGGCGGCUGCCGAGGUCAUGCAGACAGGAAUCCCAGUUGCUGCGAUGGAGAUUAUGGACGAGGUGCAGAUGAAGGUAGUAAACCUUGGUGGAGCGACUGCUCCGCGAGUUUGGAAGGAAGUGCCGACUCUUUUCUUCAAGUUCUCCGGCACCAGAGCCGGCGUGAAGGAAAACAUCAGUCUAGUUCAGAAAAUUGCAAGAAUUCAUAAGGGCAGCAACUUUGAAUUCGCAAAGGAUGCGCGCGAGCAAAAGUUGCUCUGGUCAGCCCGAAAGGAGUCUCUGUGGUCUAUGCUUGCCCUGAGAAAAGACGGGGAAGAAGUCUGGAGCACGGACGUUGCAGUGCCGUUCAGCCGCCUGGCAGACAUUAUUGAGGUGAGCAAGAAGGAGAUGGAUGACCUCGGCUUAUUUGCCAGUAUUUUGGGCCAUAUUGGAGAUGGUAACUUUCAUGAGAGCAUCAUUUAUAAUCCUAAGGAGGAAAGAGACAAGGUUGAGACCUGCGUGAAGAACAUGGUUAAGAGGGCCUUGGAAAUGGAAGGCACGUGUACUGGUGAGCAUUCGAUUGGCUGGGGAAAGAAGGAGUCGCUGCUUUGGGAAGUCGGCCCAGAUACUCUGGGAGUGAUGAAAGCCAUCAAAUCAGCUUUGGAUCCCUACUGGAUAAUGAACCCCGGGAAAAUUUUUGAUCGGCAGGGCUAA